AUGAAUACUCUAGGAAAGUUAUUAACUAUGCAUGAACUAAAGGCUAUGCCAUCACUUUUUUAUAAAGGUCGCAUUGUCAGUGUUAACUUGAUGCGACAAUAUACAGAUAUAUCACAAGAAAAUGUAGAUAUUUACGAGCCAAGUGUUUCUAUUCCUCUUAUACCUGAAAAACCGAAACGUCCUCCAACCGCUUAUAUUCUUUUUUACAGAGAAUUCUUAAGUAAAACUCGUAAAGGAUAUAAGAAGCUUAAUGUAGCUGACGCUGCUAAAUUAGCUGGUGCGGGAUGGGCAAGAUUAUCACCAGAUCAAAAAAAUGUAUAUAUAGAUCGAUAUAAAAAAAUGGUCGAAGAAUACAAGAAGGUUCAUGAUGAAUGGUCAAAAUUAUUGACGCCUGAGGUUAUUUCCCAGGAAAAUAAAAGACGUAGAUUGGUACAUGAACAUAAAUUGAAAUCUGCUGAAGAGAAGCUUAAGCUUAAAUUGAUUAAAGAUCCUAGUAUUACACCACCACCAAAAACGCCUUAUGCUUAUUAUAUUAUGAAACGCAUGAAUGAUGAUGGAACAGAAAAUAUAGGACUUGAUAAGCUUGAAGAAUAUGUUUUUGAUUGGGAAAAACUUACUCCUGAAGAUAAACAGCCAUAUGUGAAAGACCUUAACAAAGAAACUAUUCGUUAUGAACAACAGAUGAAAGUAUACAGGAACCUUAAUUGA